AAAGCAGCGAUCGUUACAAGUUUGUUAGAUUUAAUUAUUCAUUUAAAUAAUGGAUAAAAAUGCCAACUUGAUAAGAAACUCAAGUUCCGCUAACAAUACAAACACAAGGCGAGAUUGGUGGCGCAUCAUAAGCUAUAUUGUUUCGUUGUGUUUAAUUAUUUGGGGCUUUGGGACUACCAUAUACACGUUAUUUAUUAUCUACCGUGAACGUGAAUUAACGGACACACAGCCACUCACCAAGGACGACUUGAAGGAAUUUGUAGACAAAAUUUUAGAAGCUAUUAAAAAUACUCGUGAAAAUACCACCAAUAUUAUCUCCAAACUCCCAUACAACAUUACGGUUCCAGAUGGCUCCGAGUAAGAAGAUAAAUCCUACCACAACUCGUGUAAAUUAUAGAGAGGAUGCCGAACUGACGGAAAAAGUGAUCUCUGCGUCGUCCAAAGGAGACCUUGAAGAAAUUUCAGUCGUGUUACAUAUUCUGGAGAAAAGACAGUCCGAGAUUGAAAAGGGAGGUGCUAAUAUUAUUGUUCCAAAAUCAGUUCAAGUCAAAUUGUGGAAUCAGCAAGCUGUUCUUCGGUUUCAAUUCUUAAAAGUUGCUCAAGAUGUCAUCACAGAUAAAGACAAGGAAGUCAGUGAGGACUUUAUUCAACGUAGUUUUGUCAAUUUCGACAUCCUUCUCGACCUACCCAAUAAACUCGGAGACAUUGGAGAUAAUAAAAUUUCUGAACUUUAUGCUCGUUUAAGUUAUUUAGCAUGUCAAAUAGGAUUUCGUCUGCAAAAGCGAAAAAUGUAUUUGGAAUCUCUAAGUUGGUGUGAUCGAGCAAUAUUGGCGCAUGAUGUUUGGAAAUCGACCGGUAGCCAGGUUUCUGAUGUUAAGAUGAAUACUCGAUGGUUGGCGUUAUUAAAGGCAGAAUGCCUUCGAGUCUUAGAGAGGGCGGAAGAAGGUCUAAAAUGGUUAUCACAAGAACUCGCUACCGACCCCACGUACUGGGAACGACCCACUGUUUGCUAUGAUCUUUUCGAACAGAUUCCAUGGACAGAAAUUAGCACUCAUUGGGUCACUCUAUACAAAGAAAUGUGCACAAUUAAUCCACAAUAUAAUAAAUGCUCCUUAGAUUUCUUGGAAGAAGGUGAUCCAAUUUCAAUAAGCCAAGAAACGAUCUCGAGAGUACUAAGAUUGGAAUUAAACAGUCAUUUCUCCGCACGACAUGGGAUUCCAUCCGCAAUGGUGGCGAUUGGUGAAGCACUUGUUGAACGAAGUUUUUGUCAUUUUGAUAAUGUUUUGGGAUAUGUGGCGAUGGCUUCAGGAUAUUAUUUUGGAACUCCGGAUGAUGUAGAUUAUGCCUUAAAAUUGGUACAUGAUGCUGUAGAAUUAAUUGAGUCGGAUGAUUUCUUUAGGAGGGAGAGAAAUGCAGAUUCGACGGCCUUCUUGAGUGGGUUGGUUUCCAUCUGGCGUGGUUUAUGCUUGCUAAAAACCCAUCAAUAUUUUGCAGAGGCAGAAAUGUCUCACUUGAAGGAACAGUUUGUUGCUGAGAAUCAAGAUAAAUUCAAAGAUCGAGAUACUGGUGAAGAAAUUCGAGGCGUUUCUGGGUUAUCCAUGCUUAAUUUGGACCAUGAAAGAGAUUGGGUGUGCAGUUUGGUUCAUGGAAUUGAAAUUUUCUUCAGGUUUUCUGAGUCUGAGCUAGUUCUCAAGAAAUUUUCUAACGAAUUUUGUCCAUCCGUGAUUCUGAUGAGUUGCCGACUAGCUGCUUCUCUCCUCAUUGCUGUUGGGGACCUUUUGACUGGUACCAAGGCUUGGUACGUUGUGAAUAAAUUGGCUAAAAUCUACGACAAGAAGGGCAUCAUGAUUUUGAGUGCUUCCGAAAUUGUAAAAGUCAUUCCCGAUCUCGAUUGUGAAAUAGUAACACUUGCGGAUAAAGUGAACGCUGAGUGCGACUCACAAGACCUCAUUAAACACAAUAGAGCUGCCCAUUAUCGAUUAAGUUUGGCAAAAUCAAUUGCUUGCUAUAAUUUAGGACAGUAUGAACAAGGUGUCGCCCAUUUGUUGCACGUCUUCCAAUAUUUUGAAACCAAAGAUAACUUUGAUGCGACCCACCAUCUCAUGGGAGAAGCAACCUACGUCCUCUGUUGGUAUCGAACUAUUCAAUUUUCGCACAAAAUUGAUUUGUCUGCAUUUCCUCAGUCUUUGGUGAAAAUGAGUCCAGCCGGAAUUGCGACAAAGGCCUUUAAAACCCUCGGUGGAAUGAGUAGAGAUCCAGACUUUACGAAUUCAGGAUGGACUGAUCUGAUUCAUAAUUUUUUCCUAUUGAGCUGUCUCUUUGAAGUUGGAACUUACACUAUGAAGGUCCUUCGUGAGUCAGGAAAGACUAGAGAACUGAGAUGCUUCAUAAGUGAUUUGGUCAAUUUUACGCAGCAUGCAGGAUUUGUUAGUCGCUCUCUUGGACUUAUCGUGCCUAUGAUAACUCUCGACAUAACGUCCAGGAAUUUUAUGCACGCUCAAAUGAAGAUUGACGCGGUCAACCAAGUUUUGAACAACAGCAUAUGUCCGGAAGAAAUUGAGGACGGCGAUACUGCCAACUAUCAGAAAAUUAUGGACAAUAUGAAACUCCCGAUAACCUUGCAAAGAAUGGAAUGCAUGAAUGACUUGAAAUGGGUCAUGAAAUCUCUCGACAUCCCGAGUUUAUAUUACAGAAACCGUAGUGAGAAAGUUAUAGCUGCCAUGAAGACUGACUUGCGACCAGAAUUUAACAACACACAGUUUCAAUUUCCUGAGUGGAUGCGUCAUAAUUUGUCCUGUUCUUGUUACGUUUGCAGCCACCCAUUAAUUCUUCCGAUCGCUUUCGAAUUUAUACAUUCUCAGGCUAAAUAUUUAAACUGUUUGCCUAAAGCCAAGUCUGCUAUGGCUGUGUUGGAGACAACCAAACUCUACCAUGAGCGGGCCAUUUUUCGCCUAAUUUAUAAUCUCAGCCUUAUGUGUGUUCCUCUUGUAGUGAUUGCAAGCAAAAAGUGGACGCUGAAAGCGGUUGAAAAUAUUUACACUCCAUUCUGCGUUGGUCCUGGAUUAGAUUCUCUCAUGACGCAGAUGAUGAUAUGUCCCGUGACUGAUAUCAAAAUGAUUUUAAACGCCAUGAAGAAAGCGAAGCUCAUAAUUGAAACAAUUGAUCCAAAAGAUUAUAUUGGAAAAUCGUUCCCUCUAGAAAUGGGAUAUUCUGCCUUGUACAAGUAUUUUGUGUCAUCUGGUGACAUUAAAGUGAAAGGAUCCGAAAUACGGGACAUUAUUGAGAAGAAGUUAAACUCUCAAGCAGAGGACAACAAAAUAAAUUGCCAUUCUCCUGCUAAGUUUGAAGGGCCUUUAUUAGAUAUGGCACCACCUCCUCCAAAGAAGGGAAUCUUAAAAGUAACUGCAAAACGGGCACCAAGAAUAAAAGAAGAAUUGAUUGAUGACUGUCCCGUCGUACACGUCCCAUUUUUAAAAUUUGAACCUGAGGAUGAAGAUUCAGAACCAAAAAGCUCCUCAUCGUGUUCAUCAGCUUCAAGUCUUUCAGUGCCUUCCGAUAAAAUUGUUAAAGAAAACGCUCAAAAAGUGAAAUGUGAACCUGCUCAAACAAAAACUCUACGAUCUCAAAAGACUGCCCCUUCUGGAGUUACGGAACGCCGUCCACGUCGUGGAGCUACUGCCAACAAAUAAUUACGUAAUACAAUACAGUAAUAGUGCAAAAAAAUUACUGCCAGUAGUCUCUCUAAAGUCUAUAUAUGAUGAAUAUAAAUUUUAAGCCUACUUAUUUUAUCUAUCCAUUCUAGAAAGACUCCUUUUCUGUAGUGAAACGACAUUUUCUUAAACUGUACACAUUUAAACAAUUUCUUACUGUAUUAUUAGUUUUAAGUACUUUUCAUUUUGCGAGUUGGUGUUCCUAUACACUCGCUCUAGUAAGUUACGCAUAAUAAUUAAUCAAAAUUCCUUGAAUUGUUCUCUUGUACAGCACAUCAUGUAAGUGAUCAAUAAUAAAUUUAACACUAUUUAUAAAAUGUAA